AUGACAGUGCCGCUAUCUCAUGUGCGCCUUCGCCCAGACGCUGUACCGUCGAAGUCCCCGAAUCAUUCGAGCUACUUGUCCAGAAAGACCGCGAGGAGGGAAGAUCCUGACUCCAAGCGCGCGCGAAUAGAGAAUGCAGCCCUUCAGAAAGCCAUCGCUGAAUCCAAGGAGGCAUUUAUCAGAGCACGCGAGGAGGAUAAAGUCAACAGUGUGAGCGAACUUGCCAACCACUUAAGGAGCCAAGGGAUGAAGUUCUGGGAUGUUAUCGAAAGAAAUGAAAGGCUUCUUCUCAUUCACAUUGUCGACGAUGAAGCACCGUGGUUGAAAUACUCUGUUUGCGUGAAAGGAGAUUUGAGCGUGACACUACACGUUAUGAAAACGGCCGUAAAAAAGCUCGGUGCAAAUCUCUGCGUUCCCGAAAUCGCUAACAGUAAAAAGGGUAUGGUGGAACUCCUGGAAGGCAUCGAGAAGUGGGAAUGUGACCUGAUGUCCAACUCAGUCGCCGAAAUUUGCGAGGCUGUUUGUUUACUGCUUGAUCAGCUUUGCACGUCCCAAGCAGAAGAUGACGCCAACUGUAUUCCAUUUCUGAAAGAGCAAGUCACCUUGCACCUAUCGAAAAAACAGCGCAGGCGCUACUCUGCUGAUUUCAUGAUGUUUUGCUGUAUUGUUUUCACUAUAUCGCCCCAUGCAUACGCGUUCAUACGUAGCCAUGGAAGCAUCACCUUGCCGCAUCCUAUGACGAUAAGAUCAGUGUGCUCGUCUUAUGGUAUGAGUCCUCAACAAGAGCAUCAGAGUGAAACAUUCCUCAGCUACAUGACAACAAGAAUUUCUGACCUGAAAGAUGACCAGCGCUUUGUCACAGUUAUGGUUGAUGAAAUACAUAUAAAACCUUACUUUGACUAUAAAGGAGGCAAUAUUACCGGCGCUGCAAUUAAUAGAAAUGAAGCUGCUAACUGUGCGCUCGUUUUCAUGGUGCGCAGCGUGACGUGUAAAUUCAAAGAAGUUGCGCACAUCGUGCCGGUGCACCGAGUAGAGGCGGAGUUCCUGCAAAAGACGCUUAAAGACGUGAUUUGUGGGCUGGAAAAGAUUGGGUACCGGGUUAUGUGCGUCGUCAGCGACAACAACUCUGUGAACAGAAAAGCGAUGUCACUUUUCGAAUCACCUCCGUGUAACAGAAUUGUGUACCAACAUCCAUCAGACCCUUCAAGGCCGCUGUUCUUCGUUAUAGACCCAGUGCACAUUCUAAAAUGCAUACGAAAUAACUGGAUCAAUCAGAAGAAUGACCAAAUUUGUUUCUACUUCCCGGAGAUCCAAGGAGACACACCAGAAUCAGAGCGAAUGCAAACAGCGUCAUUUGCAACAAUCAGGGACCUUCACAGCAAAGAGUGUGACCAGCUGUUGAAAUAUGGCUAUGGGCUGUCAAGAAAAGGCCUCUACCCUUCGAGUCUUGAAAGGCAGGACGUAAAGCUUGCUUUACAAAUCUUCAAUGACUAUUUACCAGAGGCGUUACGUGCUCUUGGAGCAAAGCACAACCUAUUCUCUUUCGAGGCCACGGCUACAUUCGUCGAGAUCAUACUCAAGUGGUGGAAAAUUGUAAACGUCAAAACUCCAUGGAAGGGAGAAAGGCUUAGAGAUCACUUCCAACAACCAGUGCUUUCCAUUGAUAACGAUCCAAAAAUUGACUUCUUGCACAUGUUUCUGAAGUGGCUGGAUGAGUGGAAGAACCAAGGUUUUGACAACGGUACUCUGACAAAGGAGACUCACGCUGCUCUCGAACACACCACCUAUGCGCUUGUUGAGCUCGCUAGGUACAGCUUCGAAGAGCUUGGAAUGUCAUAUGUCCUUUUUGGGAAGAUUCAGACAGACUGCCUUGAAGAUCGGUUUGGAAAGUAUAGGCAGCUGGCAGGUGCGCAAUAUCACAUCUCCAUCAGGCAGAUAUAUGAAGUCGAAAACAAGCUGCGCCUGCAGAGCACCUUGCCUACAGUUUCCCCUGACCAGCACUGGGAAUGUGUCCGAAAGCAAGUCGAGGCAUUGCUUCCCAGCAGCAACGUUGUUGUUACCAGUCAGGCUCUUACGAAGACGCAGGACGUCGUCCCAGUCCUCGUCUACGUUGCAGGUUAUGCAGUAUACGGGACCCUUAAAAAGUUGAAGUGCGAGCAAUGCAGGGACUCGUUGACCGUGGACAAGAAGAUCACAGUCUCUGCCACAAACGAACAUUAUGGUCUUGUCAAGCAGCUGGACCGAGGAGGUUUAGUUUAUCCAUCAAUGUUUGCACUUAACGCAGUUGCUCAUAGCUACGUUGUAGUAGAGCAGCUCGCUACAGAGCCAGCACUGCUUAUGAUGCCUGAACAACGCCAGGUGGUAACGAAAAUGACGCUACAAUUGCUGGCUAGUGAAGACCAGUCCGACUUCGAUACGUGUGAGAAUGGCCACACAGUUGAAUUAGUGCUUAAACACAUCCUGCGGUGCAGCACCAACAUUGUGCUAAAGAACUUUUAUUGUAGACUUUCUCGACCUGUACAAUGCACCUUAGACACUCUCUGGGGCCCAAAAUAUUUGUUAAAGAUCGAGUUCCGAACAAAUCUAGCAACAUGA